CCCCUUUUGCUGCCUUGCUAAAAAGUGGAAAACUUCGUUCUAAUAGUGGUGGCAUUUUCUGUAAUUGAUGCAAGGGCAAGGGCUAAAAGUCAGAGCUUCCAUUGUGUCGUUUGAAAAAAAUAGGUAUGCGACCGCGUGGGUACUCGAACUACCACAAACGUUCUUCUGCCGCUUCUUCCUUCCGGAAAGGUUUCGUCUUUUUGGCGCCAGUUUCAUGCCAAUCAGUGUGGUGGAGGCUGGAGCUUUGUGUUCUUUCUUGGAACUUAUGAGGGAUUUGGAAGCCGCAGCUGUAUAGCGAACUGAAGGUGCUCGAGUUCGCUGGCUGUGUUCCCGUAUGUCUAAAACCCUGCUCUCUCGCAUUAGACCGCUUCACCACCCAAAACCCAUUCAGCGGUCUUCUUCUCCGCUUCCAUUGACGAGCAACUUCAGAAUCCUAGUCUACGAUGUGCUGCGAAUCCUCAAAACAGAGCCACGAUGGGAGGAGUCCCUUGAUUCCCUCUUCGUGUCGACGGAAACCGAAGUUUCGGAGGUAGCACACUUCGUGUUCGAUAAAAUUCGUGAACCAGACUUGGGUUUGAAGUUCUUUGAUUGGGCAUCGGCGAAGUCGGAUUGUGGUGGCUUUACUUUGAAUGGGUCCGCUUGUUCUUCGCUUCUGAAACUACUAUCACGGUUUCGGGUGUUUGACGAGGUGGAGAGUUUGUUGGAGACUAUGAAAUGUAAAGGCUUGACCCCUACCCGUGAAGCAUUGAGUGUUGCCAUACAAGCAUAUGCGGAGGCUGGGCUGGUCGACAGGGCUCUUGUACACUACAAUGCUGCAUCAGGUGUUCAUAAUUCUUUCCCUGAUGUUAUUGCUUGCAAUUCAUUGCUAAAUGCAUUAGUGAAAAGUCAUAAGCUCGACAUUGCACGCCGAAUUUAUCAUGACAUGGUUCAGAGAGAUGAUUUUGUGGACAACUAUAGUGUUGGUAUUCUAGUAAUGGGCUUGUGUAAGGAAGGGAAUGUCGAGGAAGCUAAGAAGUUGAUGGAACAAAGCUGGGGCAAGGGUUGCGUCCCACAUAUUGUGUUUUAUAACAUCAUGAUUGAUGGGUACUGCAAAAACGGUGAUAGUGGGAAGGCCAUUAAGCUUUUCGGAGAGUUGAAAUUGAAGGGCUUUUUGCCUACCUUGGAGACAUAUGGAGCUCUGAUUAGUGGACUCUGCAAGGAAGGAGAUUUCGAGGAAAUUGAUAAGCUAUUGGUAGAAAUGAAAGAGAGGGGCUUGAAUGAUAAUGUUCGGCUGCAUAACAAUAUCCUAGAUGCCAGAAUCAAACAUAAUCAUAAGACUGAGGCAUCAAAGACAAUCCGUCGGAUGAUCGACAAUGGUUGUGAGCCAGACAUAGUGACUUAUAACUGUUUGAUCAGUGGUUCAAGUAGGGAUGGGAAGUUUCAAGAAGCCGAGGAACUUCUACAAGAAGCUAUCAAGAAAGGACUCGAGCCAACCCUUACUACGUAUACCUCUCUUGUACAUAUUUACUCUAAACAAGGGAAAUUUGUUAAGGCUUCAGACCUGCUGAUUGAGAUGACAAAGAAAGGCCAUACACCUGAUUUGGUUGCUUACGGAGCUCUGAUUCAUGGGCUGGUUUCCACCGGGGAGGUGGAUGUUGCCUUGGUAGUUCAAGAUACUAUGAGGGCAAAGGGAAUUGUCCCUGACAUGACUGUCUACAAUAUUCUGCUAAGUGGUCUCUGCAAGAAAGGAAGGCUUCCUGCAGCAAAGAUUCUGCUGGCCGAGAUGCUCGAAAAAAAUUUAUUCCCUGAUGCUUUUGUCAAUGCCACUUUGGUUGAUGGGUUCAUUAGAAAUGGCAAACUUGAGGAGGCCAGAAGAAUCUUCGAGCUCACAGCUUCGAAGGGUAUUGAUCCUGGCGUUGUUGGGUAUAAUGCUAUGGUUAAGGGUUAUUGCAAAUUUGGGUUGAUGAAUGAUGCAAUGUUGUUUCUUAAAAAAAUGAUGAGAGGUGAUCAUACUCCAGAUCAAUUCACGUACUCAACCAUCAUAGAUGGGUACAUAAAGCAGAAUGACUUGCAUGGUGCACUCAGGAUCUUUGGCCAGAUGUUGAAAAGGAGAUGCAAACCAAAUGUUGUCACAUACACUUCUCUAAUAAACGGUUUUUGCAGAAGUGGAGAGUCCAAUAUAGCUGAAACAACUUUCGCUGAGAUGGAAUCAUGUGGCUUAGAGCCAAAUGUAGUUACUUACACCACACUCAUCGGAUCCUUCUUUAAGGACGGUAAGCUCAGAAAAGCUUGCUUUUAUUUUGAUCGAAUGUUGUUUCAUAAUUGUGUCCCGAAUGAUUUUACUUUUAAUUAUCUGGUAAAUGGGUUAUCACAUAAUGUGGCCGCAUUAAGAGCUGGGGAAUGCCAGUUACCAGUUGGUGAAGAAAGCCCUCUCUGUCAGCAGGUUUUUGGGUGCAUGAUAUCAGAUGGAUGGGAGCCCAGAGCUGCUGCUUAUAGCUCUGUCAUAUUCUGUCUCUGCCGAUACAGAAUGGUUGAAACUGCAAUAUACCUGUGUGACAGGAUGAGGAUUAAGGGGUUUGUUCCAGAUCCUGUCUCUUUCAUUGCCAUGUUACAUGGACUUUCCUUGGAAAGAAGAUUACCAGAGUGGAAGACAUCAAUACCUUUCAGUAUAAGUGAAAAGGAAGUACGAACAGCCAUCAUGUACUCUCAGAAACUGAACCGAUUCCUACCAACAGGAUUCAUGGCAGACGCUUUGCAUAUUUUGUACAAUUAUUUGGAAGAAGAUCCAGCUCUAUAUUCACAGGGUUAGGUCUCGCCGAGAUACAAGAUUUUGUCCCGACAACCAGAAGCUGCGCUAACAAUCUGGGCCAUACUUGAAGGGAUCAAAACUCCAGAUAUCUUCAUCCCAUACCUCCAACUUGUGCACUAGCUGAGUUUCAUUGAGGAAUCCGUGGCAUAUACUUCUGUGCUUGUAAAUUAACUCUAUCCAGCUUCUGUGCUUGGUCGUGCUGGGUCACCGCUAGCAAGUGGUGCUGGACUUUGAUUUUCCCACCAAAGAAAUUCACAAGUAACGACACUCAUAAGCACACAAAGGAUUCUCUUGUAAGGUAUCCAUCCAGAUGAGUUCCUUAUUGCUAUUCCCAAUCUGUUAAUAGUUGCUGUCUGCAAUUCUAAUGCAUUUACACCCCUCCCUGAUUUCUUUCAAGUUGCAGGCAAUGCAGCUGAAAUUGAAGUAAAGAUCUCCCCGAGAG